AUGCCACUGGGAGAGCCUGAGACACAAGGCGAAGAGGUCAAGCUGAUCUUCGACCUCUUGGAUGUUGACCACAGCGGCAAGAUCGAUGCGGAAGAGAUGAAGAGGGUUUUGCUUUCGCUGAACUUUAGCCAAGAGAACGUCCACGCUCUCAUUGAUCAGUUCGAUAAGAACAAGGACGGCGAGCUUUCGAUCGUCGAGUUUUGGAGCUGGGUCAAUGGCCAUGAUGGCAGGCAAACCGACGGCUUCCGUCCGCAGUUGUUGAACAUGGCCGUUGCCGAGAACAAGCGCAAAAUCUCGGAAACUGAGGAACGCCUGGCCGCCUUCCGGAGCAGGAAGGAGGCUGAGGAGGCCAAAGCAGCCGAAGAGGCGAAAAGACAGGAGGAAAGAGAGCAAGGUUUGCGUUUCAGCCGAGAAGAUUUCGUUCGACAGAAGAUGGAGGCCGGAUUCUCGAAGGCUGUGGCAGAGGAGCUGUACAGCAAGUGCGACCAAGAUCGCGAUGGUGAGGUGAACUACCAGGACAUUGGAUGGCUCGUGUCAGACAACCUGGCCACCGUCGAGCAAGUGAAGCAGACCUACCAGAAGGGUGUGCAGAAGAAGGUGGAGGAUGUCAGCUGGAGCGAGGAUUGGAAGGCCGAUGUCUCCAAACUUCUGAAACGGCGCGGUUUCAAAGAAGAGGAGGAAGGCUUAAAAUACCACGCAAAAAACGCAGCUGGAGAGACCAUCGCUCUCAAAGAGAUUCUCAAGGACAAGACGGCCUCACUGGAUUCCAAGAACUUUCCCAUCACGCUCCACUUGCAGGCCUCCAACGUGACCGUGGUGGAUUGUGACGAGAAGGGCCUGGGUCAGCUGGUCGAUACCUUCCUGGCCUGGGACAAGAAUGGCGACGGAAGCGUUUCCUCAGAAGAGAUGUCGCAGGUUCUGAAGCAGGUCAACCCCAAGUUCACGGAGGUCACUCUGAAGAAGAUCUUCGCUGAAAUCGACGUCAAUGGUGAUGGAGUAAUUGAUCUGCAGGAAUUCGUGUCCUGGCUCUCUGGGGAGAACUUAAAAAAGAAGAAGAUGAAGAAGAAGGCCAAGGAGGAGCAAGAUUCCAAGAUCGCGCUGACGCUGCAUCGCAAACGUGCAGAGGAAGCGAAGGAGCUCAAGCUCCUCGACGGGUUUAUGCAGGCGAUGAGUUCUGGCGUGCAAGCUGCCAUCCAGCCGAAGAAGCUGGAGGUGUAUUGCGGCAAGCUGAACCCGGGAAGCAACGCCACCUGCUCUUCUUGCAGCGGCCGACAUGGCUGGGUUUGCCAUGCCUGUGGCUUCGUGUCGUUCUGGGAUACCUGCAUCAACGACUGCAGUGUUAGCUCCUAUGGAUGGACUUGCCUCAGUGGGAAGUGCCCCAAGAAGAAAUGUGGCUGCAAGAAGAAGCCCGACUUCUGGCAAAGAUCUGGUUUCACCUGCACCAUGGCGACGGUCGCCUUGGAUGUUGAGCACAUAAUUGCUAGCGCUAAAACAGCUGCUGGAUAG